CUCUCUCUCACUCCCCCCUCUCUUCCAGUUUAAGGUAUGUCGCUUUUCUUGAAAAUCGGCAGUCCGAAUGCUGCAAAGAGCAAAGGUGCCGAAAAAAAGCAAACCUCAAGAUCCAGACGUGCAGAUCAGACCUGCGCUGGGGGUCGAAGCGAGGCUGGAUUCGGACAAUAUGUUGUCAUAUCUUUUCGUGCUACUCGUUUGGUGAUGAAGUAGCUUCUUUUUUUUUUUUUUUUUACAGUGAUUUUUUUUUGGAUGAUAUCCACUAGCGAAGUCCGCGUAUUGAGAUGAUCCAUUUUUGUAAUGGCGAGGGGUCUGUUUCCUCGGGCCUGGGUGAAAAAGUCUUUUUACUUUCAGGCUCGGAUUUCUUUUGUACGGGUGAAGUACCUGUUUCUUACAUGGCUGACUGUGCUGGUAGGCAGCUGGGUGCUCUAUGUGCAAUACUCAACCUACACAGAACUGUGCAGAGGACAUGAGUGCAAGAACACUAUUUGUGAUAAAUACAGGAAGGGAAUCAUCGAUGGCUCAGCCUGCAGCAGUCUGUGUGACAAAGAAACGCUCUACAUGGGCAGGUGUCUGUCAACACAACCGAACAAUCAGGUGUACACAGGAAGCUGGGGGGACCACAGCGGGAUCAUCCGCUGUAAGCUGGGGGAGGCCGCGCACUACGAGCUGGGCGAGGAACUGGAGCCACGCAGAGAAGCCCAGUUGUUCGACAAGCCGACCAGAGGCACCUCGGUGGAGAAGUUUAAAGAGAUGGUCUUCAAUCACAUCAAGGCCAAGCUUGGGGAGCAGGCGAACCUCGCCAACCUCGUAAGCCAGAUCCUCUCUGUCGCUGAUGGCAACAGAGAUGGACGGGUGUCGCUGCCUGAGGCCCGCUCAACAUGGGCCCUCCUGCAAAUGGACGAGGUUCUGCUCGGCCUGCUACUUCAGGACCGCGGACACACGCCUCGCCUCAUGGGCUACUGCGGAGAUCUCUACAUGACAGAACACACCGCCUAUGGACCGCUGUACGGUUUCUCGCUUCCCUGGCCACUCGUUUCCUGGGUGCCCAGCGGCGUGCAGCGUGCCAUGGACCAGUGGUUCACCCCCUCCUGGCCUCGCAAAGCCAAGAUCUCCAUGGGUCUGCUGGAGCUCGUGGAGGACAUCUUCCACGGCACCUAUGGCAGCUUCCUGAUCUGCGACCUCGCGGCGGCGCACUUCGGUUACACCGACCGCCACGAGCUCCGUCUCACCAACACGCGGGCGGUGGUCCCCGAGAAUGAGUUCCGAGGCGCCAUGCGAGUCCUGAGGUGCGACACGGACGCCGACUGCACGUACGGGGCGGACUGCCAGACGUCGUGCGACCUCUCAGAGAAACGGUGCCGGGAGGAGCCAGUCCAGCCAAACCUGGCGAAGGCCUGCGGGACGCUGAAAGAUUACCUCCUGCGCGGGGCACCGUCGGCCAUGAGAGAGGAACUCGAGCGGCAGCUGUACGCCUGCAUGGCUCUGAGAGGGAAUGCCGCACAGAUGGACAUGGAGCAUUCGCUUAUCCUCAACAAUCUCAAGGCUCUUCUGUGGAGACAGAUCUCACACACCAAGGACUCAUGACAAGUGCAGGAACUCUCUAUGAACUCCUGCUACUCAGUUCUACAGAUCAAACAGAGUGGAAAAGAUGCAGCGAUUUGUUUGUAGCAUAGUUAAAGAAGUCUUUUUUUUUUUUUUUUUUUGCAACUUUCAAAACUCAUGGAUGAUCAGUGGUGGAACUACCUCCCCGUCAAAGCUUUGGGGCCCGAAAGUCUCAUGUGAGUGCUUUUGAUAGACUUAACCUGGAUGAUUGCAUGUUACCAUUUGGCAAACCUACUUAAUUUCACAUGUUAAACACUUUGAAUCGCAAUGCAUUGUUUAUCACAGUUGAAUGUCACGACACAAUUGCUGGAAAAAAAAGACCAUGCUGUUUAGUUGGAGACCGAAUCCGUCUUUCUACUGGAACACCACGUCUAUGUGUGCAGACAACAGUCACUCAUUAGUGAGUUUAUUCCAUUCUGGAAAACCAGGAUUUCAAACCAGUGACCAAGUUAACACUUGGAUUAUACCUAAUUUUACCACGGCUGCUAUAAAGAAGCACGAUAUAUUUUAGGGACAAAAAUCUAAUGAAUACUUUACUUUUGACAAAUGCACAGAAAAGGACCAAAACCAGUUUAACUUGAAUGUAACUCACAACAGCUUCAUUGUAAAGUAGCUUAGAUUUUGGUAGAGUAAUUACUGAGAAAAAACACAGUCGAAAGCCAAAACAGAUUACAUUUCUAACAUUUUCCAGGAAAAAAAUACUUUAUCAACUAAGGAGAUUAUUACAAACUUUCUGACAGCAGAGAUUUAAAGGUAGAGUCGAAGAGUGGGAACAUGUACUCCCACUGUGGUUCACUCUCAGACAGUCAAAACGCAAAUAUGAAAUGUAUUUUUUUACCAGCUGCUCACCUUUCAGUCCUUAUGAUUAUUUACACUAAUAUUCUUUUAUGCAACUCUCACUUUGAAUGUUUAGUCAAAAAAGAUUCACAUUCACAUUUUCCUAAUCUUCAAUAUAAAGGUGAUGAGGUUCAUCUCAUUGGCUUUUAAGAUUCAACAAGCCAUUUUCCUUGCCCUCAUCUCACCUAGUUACAAAGCUGCUGCUCGUGGAAAACCUGGCCCAAGUGGAAGUCAAGUCAUUUCAUCUUCAUCAAUGAGAAGGAACAGUUUGCAUCCACAUAAUUAUCAGUAUUUCGCAUAGAUCCUGUGUACCUACUAUAUAAUCGGUGUUAAACACCACGCUGGGCAUUUCAAACGUGCCAUCACAGCUAUGUUUCUGAAUAAGAAAAGAAAAAAAUAAGAAAAACGCACUUCAUUUGUGAAGGUUAGCUGCUGUGAUACUUUUACUCUGAGGUGUACCUGUAAUAUUGCCAUUUAAUGAUUUUGUGUCGACGUGUGGCAGUGGAAAGUCUUCGAAGAAUGAUUUACCACCUGCCGAAUCUCAUCACAUUUCGACACUGUGCAAUGUUUUCUUGUGAACCUCUCGACAUGUUGCUGAAAUCACCUGAGCUGAUCUUUCCAAAUUGUUCAACCACCUUCUAAUGUACACAAUAUGCGACCUGUUAAGCGACGCCAAGGCCCCAGGUCCAGCGCUGCUGUUAAAAAUGUAUCAGAUGUUUACUUAGUGAGGAAAACCAGCAUGAUUUUGCACAAUUAAAAUGGUGUACCACUUCACUGGGAUGUGUGCAGUCUUUUU